AGGAAACAAAACAAUUUUGUCUAUGACACCUACCUAAAUAAUGGCCUAUGGCUACUGUAUCAUUAAUUUUAUUGUUUCUAUUGUGUAUAAUUCGUAAAUAAACACGAAAACAAGAUUUUCUGGUAUCCAAAACCACAAAGCAGCGUUACAUUCAUGAAGAACACACAAAUAUAUCUGGAGAAACGCGUAAAUUGCUUAUAACGAAAAUGAACAUAAACGUCAAUGUUUAUGAAGUUCCCGUGGUGAAUGCUGUUAUAAUGCACCAGCCGGCGCCCCCAGAGUCUCAACAGAACCAUGUACAGCAGCCCCAGCCCCAGGUAAACCCACCAGAACCGCAACAACAGCAUCUUGUUGAGAGAAAACCGAAAAUCGAUAAGAAAAAGAAGGAAGCUAUCGAGGGGCAAGCUAGGGAGAUUAUUUUUAAGGUAAUAAAGUUCUUUGAGAGUGAAAAACAGAACAGAGGAUACGCGUACCCAGUAGAGAAUGUUGUUAAAAGAGCGUGUGCGGCUACAGGACUCUCUGAAAGCACGAUUAAAAGAAUAAAACGCGACGGUUUGAAAGCUGAAGCAACACAGACGAAAAUCGCUGGCCCUAAGAAGAAAAGGGUUCGAAAAACAAAAGUUCAACUUGAUUACUUCCAGCUAUGCGCUCUAAGAGGUAUAGUGAACAGUUACUCAGUCAGAAAAGAGGUUCCAACACUUGGAAAAAUCCUCAACGCCGCUAAAGUUGAAUUGAACUACCGAGGAGGUAAGGAGUCUUUAAGAUUAAUAUUACUAAACAAGCUCGGUAUUAAGUUUAAGAAGUGUGAGAAGAAGAAUAAGAAGCCUCCGGAACAGCAGCCCCAGCCGCCGCAGCCUCAACCGCAGAUCCCGAAUAUCAUGCAACACCAACCUAUGCAACAGGUGAUGAAACCGGUUGACAAUCAGUGCGUAUACACAACCAUGAUGCCGCACGUACCACCGGUAUCGUAUUAACGUAGGUUACAAUGAGAUUUAUAUCAAUAAUGUUAUGUUUUGUUCGUGAAACUAGAGUUAUGGAUCAUUUUGUUGUUGUUUCAUGAAUGACAAGCUUCUGCCAGCGGUUUGGCCUGUGUUCGGAUUAAAAGUGGCAUAACUAUGUGUUAUGUCAGACCAUAAUCUACCCCUAUUUCAUGAUGCCUUCUCUUGUUUUGUACUGAAGGACUAACAAACAAACAAACAAACUUUUGCAUAAUCAUAAUAUUAGUAGGAUGAUGAGAAACCAUCUGUAUUCUUAUUGGAAAGAGAUGUGUGAAAAUUAAUACUAAUUUUAUAAAUGCUAAUAAGACUAUUCUAGGUACUCAAUUUUACACUUUUCAAUGCAUCCCUAUACUAGGAUUUUCUCCUGUGUCGUGGAUGCGUUUACAAACAUACAAGUUCACAUACACAUGACACCCAGACCCAGAAUGACAAUUUGUUCGAUUUACUGCUGGGCUUUUUUCGGUUUUUCGAAUAUUUCUCAGUUAUAGGGUCACCACUUCUUACAUGGGACUUACAGCAUAAAUUGUGUAGUGGGUGUACAUUGUACAGUGGCAUUACGUGCCAUAAUGUACACCUCUACCGAUUCCUUCGGGGAUAAAAGGCGUGACGUUGCGUGCUUCCUCAUUAAUAUACUAGUCUUAUUAGAUUACCAUAAAAUCAGCAAUAAAGCUCACAAUAAAUGUUAAUUCAUUGCAAUAAAAUAACUAACAGUUUGAAUAACAACAAAAUGAUCCAGUAACUAGUUGAUUUUGAGAUAGAACUACAGUUGAAUAAAUAAUGCCAGUUUCACAUUAAUGCAAUGUAUAGUUUGACCGAUACUGCUCUACCACUUUUGAAUUAGAGACCUUUUUUUUGUGUGGGAAAAAAUCUAAAUAAUCUUUUCUCCCGACCUGGUUGAAACAUGAGGGAGUGUCAGAUUGUUAUUGGUUUACUCCACUGCAGCUGUGAACGGAUUAGUAGGUUACCGAGGCUGCGGCUCGAAGCAGGAGUAGAAACGAUGUGGUGUUUAGUCAGUAAGAGUCUGAUGCUGAGUCUUUCCUCACCCAAGGCGAGAGAAGUCGUAUA